AGAAGCCACAUUCUUGUUGAACAGUUCUGAAGUGUUUUUGAACUAUUUGAAAUCCUAUCGCACUAUGGGGUUAAGAUAUUUUUUUACACAUUUCAAAAUCAUACAAGAUGAAUUUGUCUUUUAAAUUUAUGUUGGGGUUGUUUUCAUUACAUCCAAAUGAUCUUAAUAUUUUGCCUUCAAAUGUGAAACAAACUCAUGUAGUGGCUCUAUGAAAUGUGCCACUUAAAGAAACUUGUAUUUUAUUUACUAGAAUAUUUCUUUCAAUGCUGGUUCCUCAGAGUGAUGUUCACGAUUAGAUGUAUUACAACUGAUAAAAUCUCAUUGUAAAUUCCAACAUUGCUGUGAAUCUACAGAAGCAGGUUCCCACAUCUGUCAGAAGGGGGCACUAUAAACAUUUCAGAUGUGAAGAUAAAGCUGACCCAUAAACGUUGUCCAUAUUCUUUAAAAUGUGGGAUUUUUGGCAGUUUAGUAAGUCAUAGUUAUUUAAAACUCCACAUGAGAACUCACACUGCUGAGAAGCUGUUCUCCUUCAAUAUCUGUGGGAGAAGAUUCACACAGCAGAACACAUGAGAGAGCUCUUAGUGAAUAACUAACGGUCUAGAUGAGAAGAGUUCACACUGGUGAGAAUUCCUUUCACUGCAACAAAACUGGGUUAAGAUACUUUUCUUUGACACAUUUGGAAAUCAUAUGAGUUGAAUGUGUCAUUAAAAUGUAUAUUAAUUAUCAAAAAAAUAUUCUAUCGUCAUUUUAGUUAUUCGAUAAAAGAAAAAUAAUGGUUCUCUUCUGGAAGUUUACAGACAGCACUAGCAGCGUUUGCUCAGUGCAUUUUAGCAGUUAGCUGUAGGACGGUAGUGUGGUCGUGUCUCGGGUAAAUAUUCAAGUAGUGGACUGAGCAGUAAUGUCUUCGGUUCAGUAUUUGAGAGCGUUUAUCAGCGAGCGACUAACAGCUGCUGCUGAGGAGAUAUUCACGGUCUUUGAAAAACCAUCGUCCAGUACGAAGAAGAGGUGGAUCGUCAGCGCAGACUGCUGGAGACCGUUUUGAAACCUGAAAUAAAGCUGCACAGGAUCGAGCUCCCACAGCUGCAUGUCUGUAAGGAGGAGGAGGUUCUCACUGACCAGCAGCUCUGUGCCCAGGAGAGGAGCUCCAGUCUUGACCAAGAGGAAAAGGAACCUCCACAGAUUAAAGAGGAACAGGAGGAAAUGUGUACCAGUCAGGAGGGAGAGCAGCUCGUACUGAAGCAGGAGACUGAAACCUGCAUGUUGACUCCUCAUUGUGAGGAAAGUGACCACAGAAAACCAGACGGUGAGCACCAGCUCCUCUCUCACAACUCUCCUGUAGGUGAGAGCCGAGAUCGGAACAGAAGAAAACUUUUGGAUUCAGGAUCAACAGGAAAUGAAGAACCAAACCAACAGAAGAGUCUCCAUGCAAACAGGAGUCACAGUAACAAUGUGGAAAACUCUCCAAUGUCAGAGACUAGCUCUAAUACUCACACAGGUAAAAAGUCUUUCAAAUGUGACACUUGUGGAAAAACCUGUGUGUGUAAGUAUGAUAUGAAGAUUCAUCUAAGAACACACACGGGUGAAAGACCUUAUACAUGCAAAAUAUGCACGAAAGGAUUUGUAAGGAGUUGUGAUUUGAAGGUUCAUAUGAGAAUUCACACUGGUGAGAAGCCAUAUUCUUGCCAAACAUGUGAGAAACGUUUUGUAAGUAGUAGUAGUUUGACAGCCCAUGUGAGGUUUCACACUGGUGAGAAGCCAUUUUCGUGCAAAAUAUGUCAGAAAUGUUUUAGAAGGAGUUAUGAUUUGAAGGUUCAUUUGAGAAUUCACACUCUUGAGAAGCCAUAUUCUUGUAAAAUAUGUCAGAAAACGUUUAUACGUAGUGAUAAAUUGAGAGUCCACAUGGCAAUUCACACUGGUGAAAAGCCAUAUUCUUGUCAAACAUGUGGGAAAAGGUUUGGACGUUCUGAUGAAUUGAAAAUCCACCUGAGAACUCACACUGGUGAGAUGCCAUAUUCUUGCCAAACAUGUGAGAAACGUUUUGUAAGUAGUAGUAGAUUGACAGCCCAUGUGAGGUUUCACACUGGUGAGAAGCCAUUUUCGUGCAAAAUAUGUCAGAAACGUUUUAGAAGGAGUUAUGAUUUGAAGGUUCAUUUGAGAAUUCACACUCUUGAGAAGCCAUAUUCUUGUAAAAUAUGUCAGAAAACGUUUAUACGUAGUGAUAAAUUGAGAGUCCACAUGAGAAUUCACACUGGUGAGAAGCCAUAUUCUUGCCAAACAUGUGGGAAAAGGUUUGGACGUAGUGAUGAAUUGAAAAUCCAUCUGAGAAUUCACACUGGUGAGAAGCCAUAUUCUUGUCAAACAUGUGGGAAAAGGUUUGGACUUAGUGGUGACUUGAAAAUCCACCUGAGAACUCACACAGAUGAGAAGCCAUUUUCGUGCAAAAUAUGUCAGAAACAUUUUGUAGGUAGAAGCAAAUUGAAAAUCCAUAUGAGGAUUCACACUGGUGAGAAGCCAUAUUCUUGCCAAACAUGUGGGGAAAGUUUUGGACGUGGUGAUCAAUUGAAAGUCCACAUUAGAACUCACAGUUGAAAAGCCACAUACUUGCCAAAGGCAGUUUAGUAAGUCAAAAUUAUUUAAAACUCCAUCUGAGAACUCACAAUGGGACAUUGUGGUUUGGAAAAGGUUUGGACAAAGUGCUCAGAUGAAUUACCACAUGAGGAGUCACAGGUGAGAGGCAAUUUUCUUGCCAAAGAUGUGGAGUAAGUCAUCACAUUGUGAUGUAUUGAAUGUUCACAUGAGAACUCAGACAUUUGAGAAGUUUCCAACACGUGAUAAAAGCUUCUCUUAAUUUACACACAUGAAAAGUAAUAAAAGAUUUAUACAGGUAAAAAUGUGUGUUUAAAAAACGAGGAUGCAUAUAGGUUUAGUGUUGCUGAAGAUGAUACAUGAUCUGAGGCUGUCCAGCCAUCCCGUAACUGUGUCCUUUUCACGAACAUGUCCUUUAAUUCACUGUAUUUUUUUCUUUAUCAUAUUGAUAUGAUUUCAGUCUGCAGAGGAAAAACAAACUCAUGUACUAGAUGUUCUAUGCUCCUUUAUGAAAUUUGCCACAUAAAUAAAUGUAUAUUUUAAAGACUAGAA